AUGGGAGGUUGCUGUUGUUGUUCUUCACGAAGAGCUGAUGUAGAAAAUGGACCUGCCUACUAUUACGUUAGUCAGUAUCCGAGGGCAACAGAAGAGCGUGUGCCUUUGUCUUCUGCUCACAACAGGACAUCCUCUGCAAUCUCCUCUGGUGUUGUAGUAGUAGACACAAACUUAGAGACAUCAUCUCCUGAUGCUUAUAUUCCACCACCACCGCCUAUUCCUUUCGAUGUGGCUAUAGGAGUUCCUCAGACACCACCAGGGAAUGUUGAAACAGAGACUGCUUGCGUUGACAUAAGAGAAGUUUCAGUGGAAACCGCUCAUACUGAGUCUGCGCAAGAAACAGUCGACGGUAUCACUCUCGGUGUUCCAACUACAUGCUCGUAUAAAGAAACAGAAAGCAAACUCCAAACAGAGAUUGAUCUUGAAUCUACUGAAGAUAUAGACCCGAAGCUAUCAAAAGAAGUCUUUGUACCAAUAGAGGAAGAGGAGGAUUGCCCCAUAUGUUUGGAAGAAUAUGAUGUCGAGAACCCGAAACUUUUAGCCCAAUGUGAUCACCAUUUUCACCUCGCAUGCAUUCUAGAAUGGAUGGAGAGAAGUGAAACCUGCCCCGUCUGCAACAAGGAAAUGGUAUUCGAGUCUCCCCUCGACUAG